ACCCCAUGAUGCCACACUCCUGGACAAAGGCUACCACGCCAGACUUUGAGUUCUCGACCCCGGAUUGGAACCAAUGCAACACGGUCCUGCUUCCGGAACUGCCGAAGCAUGUGCCAGGACUUGCAUGAAGCUGCAAAAAGGGGUGACCCUCGAGCUUCUUGGACCACGGAGGUUCUGCCACAUGCGUGAAGGAUCGCUGGCACACGACAGUCUGCACCACCUGAGUCGGGAAUACGGGCUAGCCUCCAGACCUGCGCAAGCCAUUUGCAAAGACACAGCCAAGACACAUCGUUGUCGGUGUAAAUCGAGCCAGGAACGUGACACCGAUGCGCAGCACAGCCCAGACGGUUUUUCGGUACCUGAGUUCACUAAACCGGUCUAUGUUGUCUUAAGUUCGCACCUAGAGGGAAACCAAGAUAAGCUUAUGAUAUACCCGAAGGCUUGCCACGGCAUCCCGUCUCUUCUGCUUCACAAGGCACCUAUAUCAGACGAAUUAGGACUCCGUGUCGGAGGGUUGCAGCAGCACAAGGGAGGGCAUGUCAGCCGACAACUCAAACACGAUAUAGACCAUCCGUACCGCCGUUUGUGUUGGCGACAGGCUGCUCGACGACUCCGGAUCGCGGUCUGGAAGAAGACAGCUUCCUUUACGCCCUGAGCUCCAACAACGCCUGGGCAGGCUAACAAGCCCACUAAAACCCACACUUUUCCCCCAAGCUCGCGAGCGGGCAAUCCCCAGAGAUCCUCUGGCUCGACUGCCCCAACUCGCGCUGC